GCAGAGAAGGAAGAGAAGUGUUACGCCGUGCUUGGUACGUGCAGUUCUCAGUGUACAAUGCCAGUAUCCUCAGGAAAUACGCCCACUUGUCCGUUUCGCUCUUUUUCAUUCACGUACACAAAUGUAUACUAAGCUCUGUCUCCGAACAAAUCCAUGAAGGAUUUCCUGAAACUGGCUGGAAAGCAGAAGAGAAGCGCAUUCUGCCCUCUGCCAUCAGCUGGGGGAUUUGCGCCAGAGGGGGCUGCAUCUCCUGGGUCCCAAGAAAACAUCAAGUCAAGGAGGUGACCAACUUGGUCUGUCCCUCAGCCAGAGGAGCAGCUGCAAGAAGCUUGCCUGCCCCUCCUCGUGUUGUCCCAGGACUGCCAAAGUAAGAGGGAAGAACAUUCAGGUACUGGCCAAAUAGCCACCAAAUGCUCUACUAGCAAAAGCACCAGCAAGAGACAACCUGCAUGGCCUGAAGAGGCUUUCAGUCGCUCCUUAUAAUUUGCCACCUUGUUUUAAUGUUGUCCUUCUGCCCGCCCUUUGCAUGCCUUGACUUUUCUGUUUGCCAACCUGAUGGCCUCUCUCCCUUCCCUCCUUUGAUACGAGCGUCUUUGGGAGACUGUAAUUGUGUGAAAAAUUGGAUAAAGAAGUCAGUAAGAAACAUUAAGAAAUCUCUUUCCCAACCAAGUUGUAGGGACACUUCAUGCUGCUCUGGAGGAGCACAAAAGAGAGUCACAGGGCAACCCACCCAUCCUGAACCUGCCAGAUUUCUGGCCUUGGUAAAGUUCUUUUAAAGCACUAGAGUCUUACUAAGAUCAAGAGGUGGCAGUCCUGCUCUGCUGACACGUGCUGAGCAGUGAAUGGAUCUCGGCAAAAGCGGAAACCAAUAAUCUUAACCACAAGUAGAGAAGAAAAAAGCCGCAUGUCAUUUCCAAGAAGGCAACCUCAAAGGCCUGAUUACUAUUAUUACAUUAAGUUUCUAUACUACUACCCGUAGCUGAAGCGCUCUGCAUGGUUCACAGCAUUAAGUCACCUGAUUUCAGUCAGGUCCGACUCUGCACUUUUAACCUCUUUCAAAGAAUUCAACACUUCCUGCUGUCACAAUUCUGAAAGAACAGUGCCACUGUUUUCCACUUGGAUGCAAGCAGUAAGCGGGAGAGAGCGAUCAAAAGUCAGAGAUUUGCCAGGUACAGCACACAGUUAAAAUACUGCCUGCAGGCUUACAAUUCAACGGUGAGGAGACAAAAGAAGGACAACAACAAUUCAGGCUACUAAGAAACGAAACUUCCUAUCCAGCCAAGCUCAAAGUAAGGGCAUCCAGUUGCCAGGAUCUGGGCAGCUCUAGAUCGCCAUCUGGUGGCCACAACUAGUAACUGCAAGGCCAGGCCUAGGCCCUGCUGGAGGUCUCAGUAGUUCAAUGGGUGUCAACUGGGAACAAGCUCUUCCCUCCACAGGCUUCCCAGCAAUGCUGGUGGUGUUGCUGCCCGUGGGGCGGUCCAGCCGCAUCUUGUCUGCCCCUUGCUGCAUUGCUCUGCCACACCUUCUGCUGCUCUUGAAUCGCACCUGGCACCUGCCUCAGGUACCUGCUGACUGCUCUGUUUAUUUCCUCUGGCUCAUUCAUGAGCAUGCUCUGUCCUUGUUCUGAAAAGCACUCCCUCUUUCUGACUUUGGCCUGAUUCUUGGCCACAACCCUGACUCUGGCCCAGCUAGUGGGUUCUUCCGCCCUGCCCUGCCUCAGCUCAGUCUGUCUGUGCACCCUUGCCCGGGACUCUGCCAUCAGGGAAAAGAACCUGGAAGAAGGAAAGAUCUUCCUUCAGAACAGAUAAGCAACAGGUGACGUCACCUUCACAGGAGUCCCAGGAAAAUCAGCAUUUGCUGCUCCUAACACUCUUAUAAAGGUCUGUCAAAACUCCUUUGCUCCCUUUCCACAGAGUCAUCAGAACACACCAUAACAACGACCCUGCUAGGUCAGACUAGAAACCCAUCCAGUUCAGCAUCCUGUUCUCACCUGGGCAACAAAUGCCAUGGUGAGAGUCAGAGAAGCAGGACCUCAAGGUAACACCACCAUCCAGCAACUGGUGUUCAGACAUGUUGAUUCUGAGCCUCCAAGAAGCGUAUCACUGCAGCUAACAGAAGCUUCACCUUCGGUGAAUCUGCCUAAUCCUUCAGAAAAGGUGUCCCAGUCUGGGAUGGGCAAAAUCCCUUCUCCUCCAGAAUUUCAUGGACUUCCCGCAGAACCAGGCUGGAGAAAGAUCAGCACAGCUUGUGGCCUCUCCAGCCCCUAGCAGAUCAAGCAGGCAAUCCUACCACGUUUACUAAAAAUAAGGGAAGAAAUCUUUCGACUCGGCAAGCUCAAACCAGCCACGUUGUGCUUCUUCGUGUUUGCGGAGACACAGAAUGGGGUCCUAAUAUCAGCCAGCCAGCCAGCCUGCCCUAUGCGCCCUGGGUACGCACUUCACAGCGAGGACCCCGUCAACGCCAAAGCCUGCAUUCCAGCUCUGGCGACCACCCAGCCGGCUCAGAACUUUCUGAGGAGAAGCCCUGUUCCUCUGCACCCAGAAUGCCUCCGAAGAUCCCCAAGAGUUCCUCUUUGGGGUCCCCUGAGCCGGGAGACAUUUCGGUGCUCCUUGUGGGCAAAUCGGGGGUGGGCAAGUCAGCCCUGUUGAAUGCCCUGCGGGGAAUGACGGAGGAUGAUGUUGGCGCUGCUCCCGUGGGUGGGCCGGCGAACUCGGGGGGGACCGUGAUGUACAAGGACCCGUCCCAUCCCAACGUGCUGCUGUGGGAGCUGCCGCUGGACUGCGAGGGGCAGGCGGACCGAUGGCUGCGGGAGGCAGAUGUGUUUGUCGUGGUGGCGGACGGCAAAUUUGACGAGACUCACGCCCACUUGGCCGGGAAGAUCCAGGCGGCCGGCAAGAAGGCCUAUUUCGCCCGCAGCAAGGCGGACCUGGAGCUGCACACCCUCAAGCGCCUGAUGGGCAAGAGCUACGACCGCGCCGAGGCUCUCGGGGCCCUACGGGGGGUCUGCGCGGAGUCCUUGCAGGCCCAUGGCCUGGGGGACGCGCCUGUGUUCCUGCUCUCUGCUUUCGAGCCCUACGAACUGGAUUGCCCCCAGCUGCGAGAGGCUUUGCUGAAGGACGUCCGCAAGUUUGAGGGGGUCCUGAAGCCCAUCCGACUGGACUUUGAAGUGAUCAGCGAGCGAGAGAUUGCGGAGAUCCAGGAGGCCUAUGAGCUGGGAGGGCUCUCGGAAGUGGUGACACGUAUUCAGUGCAGUCUGGAGACCAUCUGGAAUGCCCAGCUUGAUAUUGCCAUCACUGGGGAGUCGGGCGCCGGGAAAUCCACGUUUGUAAAUGCCUUGCGGGGCGUGAGUGACGAGGACGAGGGAGCAGCUGCGACGGGGGUGACAGAGACCACGGCCCAGCCCAUGCAGUAUCCCUAUCCUGGCCAUCCCAACGUCAUCCUGUGGGACCUUCCCGGCAUCGGCACACCCAGAUUCCAAGCCGAGAAUUACUUGGAAGCAGUGGAGUUUUCUCGCUACGACUUCUUUGUCAUCCUGGCCUCGGAGCGGUUUAAGGAGAACCAUGUCCGCCUGGCCCAGGCCAUCGUCCGACAGGGCAAGCGGUUCUACUUUGUACGCACCAAGCUGGACAACGACCUCGAUGCCACGUCCAGGAGGAAGAACCCUCCGCCGGAAGAGGAGGUCUUACAGCAGAUCAGGAACGAUUGCCGGGAGAAGCUUGCCAAGGCCGGCUUGGCAGAUGCCAAGGUCUUCUUACUCAGCAGCUUUGAGAUCAACAAGUUCGACUUCCAAGCCUUCGAGGAAACCUUGGAGCAAGAGCUGCCAAGCCAUAAGCGCCACGCUUUCCUGUUGUCCCUGCCCAAUGUCUCCUCCUCCAUCAUAGAGAAGAAGAGGCAGCUCCUUCACCAAGAAGUCUGGAAGGUCGCGUUGAUCUCCAGCUUGGUGGCCGCUGUCCCUUUGCCAGGCCUGGCCUUCACCUGCGAUGUCUCCAUUCUGCUGAGGAAGCUGUCCACCUACCGGCAGGAUUUCGGCCUGGAUGCAGAAUCCUUGGCCCGGUUAGCCGAGCGCUCAGGAAAACCCCUGGAGGUGCUGAGGGCAGAAGUACACAGCACUCUGGGCCGGAGCAUUAACAAGGACGUGGUGAUCGGGCUGCUGGGGAAGGCCACUGGCACAGGCCUGGUGAUGGCAAAUUUCCUCCUGCACCGCAUCCCGAUCUAUGGAGCCCUGGCAGCUGGCGGCAUUUCCUUCCACACUACCUACUCCAUGCUGAGCCAGUGCCUGGAAGACUUGGCUGCGGACUCCCAGAAGGUCCUCAUGAAGGCCUUUGAGAGUGAAAUCUGAGACGGUCCUUUUCAGGUCCUUUGGUGACUCACCCCAGGCACCUCGGUGCUGUUUCCUCCUCAUUUAGUGUUGCUGCAGCCUGUGUGUUUAUUGCUCCUGGGCUUGGGGGAAUCCGGCUUUGGUGCGCUGGAACUAGUGAGACCUGGAAAUGGUUAAAUUAGUGCAACACGGUUAUGUUUUAUAACGUGAUGCUGCUUUGUCAGCAGUUGAAUUUUACACAGCUAGCAAGAAUUGUCCAGAGCCCAUUUUGGUAGAUGUCAAACAAGAUUUGGAAUGCCAGGUAGAAACAGGCUUGGUUAGCUGUGAAUUAAUUUAUUAUUCUUAGUAUGUAUGUGCUGGCUGAGAAUGAUGGAAGCUGUAGUCUAAUAGAUUUGGAAGGUGCUGGUUGAGGGAUGCUGGUCUGCAGCUAUAGGCUACUACAACUAGAGCAAAAUACAGGGAUUAUGAUGUUUGCAAGUACAAUACAUUAGUGACAGAAGGUAGAUCUCUAGUGUCCCCCCCCCCCACCGAUUUUGACUCCCAGAAGCCCCUGCCAGCAUUGCCAACAGGCAGGAAUUCUGGGAAUUGAAGUCCAAAACAUCUGGAGACUCACUGUUCUUCCUGCAGCAUAUAAGCCCCAAGGGCGUUUUUAUUUAUUAUUUAUUUCUUGCGUAGUUAUACAGCCCCACAGCUGAAGCUCUCUAGGCAGUUAAAACAAUUCCAAACCUGACUGACACAAACCAGAUGCAGCAGCAAACCUUAAACAACUAGAAAGACCUUGGAUAAAUUUCAGAAGAGUAAAAAGAAAGUUAUUUUAACUAAAUUUAUUUACAUGUUGCUUUCCCACGAGGGGCUGGAUUCAUGCCAUGUUUAGGAGGAAACUGUUACAAAACCUGUUGAAGGAUGAAAGUAAAAUAAUAAAAUAGACAAUUCAAUAAACGGCAUAAAUGGAACAGUAGAAUGAAAUAAUCAAGAUGUUCUGUGUCACCAGAACGAAGCAAAACUGAAAUGAACCGAGUAAACAAAGCCGAAUAGUCACUGCUCCUGUUUUGUGUUUCUGCUCUCCAAGCGGCCACGAUUGCCUGAAUUGCCCAGAGAGCUUCAGCUAUUGGGCAGUAUAGAAAUGAAACAAAUUAACAAAUGAAAAAUAAUAGUACUUCUCGGAGAUGUCGCGGUUCUGGAAUCGUUCAUCAUCAUCACAUUAUUUGCACGAUGCUUUUCCACUGUUAAGGCAUGUUUAAAACGACUCUUAACGUCGGAAGAGAUGACAAUGGAGCCCGGAUUCCGUUGUUGCUGCUGCUGCACCCCUGAAUUCCUUGUGUACAUCAGGUGUGUGAAAAUAGGUCUCCAGAAUUUACCACAAAGUCGCCACGGUUAUGCCAGGUAAGUUGGGGGAGCAAUGCACCCCAAAAGAAGGUCCUUGCCUGUUAGAUUCCCUCCAAAGGAUUUAUUCCCUGCUGCCAGAGAGAGUACAUCCUGGUUUUGCAUUCACACUCGACACUUAGAAAGCAGAGGAAAGUUUAUUCAGCAGCAAAUGCAGAGCAGUACAAGCUUUUAACCUGAUGUGGUCGACACUGCAGCUGCUGUUACUGCCGCCCACACUUACUCUGUAUUUCGAAAGUGAUUGGUUUUUUGUGUAACAGCCUUCGAGACAGAGAGACCAACAGGCACAGGCAGGGAAUAGUUUGCUGCCUGUUUGCCAGUGAUGCUGCACAGACCUUGGCACAAGUCCCUUGCGUGGGCAGGAGGGGGCGCACGAAGUCCAUGUUCAGGCCGACUUGUCAGUUCUGUGUUCAGAAGUUGCCCACCUCCCUUUUCUAAGCCCCUGGACCUUACGCUCUUUCUGUACCUGCUUCUAUGGGAGUGGGAUUCCCAUUCUUUCCCAAGCUGAUGCCAGUGGCUGGAUGCAUGCGUGAUUGUGCUUGAUGACUUGAUCUGUUGCUGUCUGCUCCAUGUCUGUUUUGCGUGGGGGCAAAGGUGAGCCCUUUGUCUGUGUGUGUGGGGAGGCUUCCCAGGUGUCUCAGGACCAUGGAGGUCAUCCUUGCAAGGCUGUUUUGCCUAAUCUUUUCAAGGGACAAUGGGUUAUGCCUGGCCAUUGAUCCGUAAGGAUUCCAGCUUUCAUUAUUUACCAGUUGUGCUUAUCUCAGGUCCCUGGUUCUGAACACCCAACAUAGCCUGUGACCUCGGAGCCUGGCCUCAGGGUCUCCAAGCCUGUCUUUGUGGUGCAAGUCCUGAAAGGCCCGUGUUGCCCCCGAGAUGCACCAAUGGUCUGCUUUUGUCAUGUUGAGAAUGGAAUGGGUGGAUCCGGGACAGAAAAAUGAAGGGUUUAGGCCCAUAGGCUGCCAACCGCAAACUAGCACUGCAGUUGGAGAAUGUGCAAGAGGAGGAGAACAGGAGGACAAAAUACCCCACAAAAGCAUUUGACUUGCAACCUAAUCUUCAUCUGAGCAUCUGAUUAAGUCAGGGUGGGAGGAGAAAAAUUCUGUGAAGUUUGCACAGAUGUGGCAAUGCUGCUGUAGUGUUGGAGCAACCUGAAAUUUCAUGGGGAGUGUAUGAGCAGAAACACAUGCUGUGGUAACCACCGGAUGAGCCGUUCUGUAAUCAUGUAGUAAUCUGCUCCCCACUUCCCUCCUAUGUAAUCAUCUCUUUGUCUGCCAUCAUUAAUAAAGAGGUCUUACAGGAAACCCA